UCGCUGCUUGAGGCAUAAACUAAACGAAACUUAACUUUUCAUGUGGUUUGCGGGCGUUUUAGUUUUGUUGUGCGGAAUCAACGGGGACACAAGAGCACUGUAUCUUUCAGAAGAAAGUCAGCGUUAUAGUCCACAUCAUUAUGGCACAUUAUAGAGCAACAGACCCCAAAAGGGAACAGUUUCGGAGAUAUCUGGAAAAAGCUGGUGUUGUUGACACUCUCACAAGCGUUCUAGUGGCUCUGUAUGAACAAUCUGAUAGGCCCACCAAUGCAUUGGAAUUUGUGCAGCAGCAUCUCUGCGCUGCUGCUCAGACUUCGGCAGACACGGAGGCUCUGCAGCAGGAGGUGAUGGACUUAAAGGAGAAAUGUGCAAGCCUGGCAGAGGAAAACAAAGACCUUAAAACAAGGCUGCAGCGUUUUGAACCUGCAUCAGAAGAUGGAGCCACAGCUGACUAGACCACAGCGCUGGUUUGGCUUAAAUAAUGUAAUUUUUCACUUUCAAAACACGAUCACACUAAUAUGUGAAGGCCAAGAUUUUUUAGGUAUUUUCCUUUGUAAAUCUUAUUUUCUAUGUUUCUUAGAAUCUAACUUAUUCUGUACAUGUGUGUAAAUAAGUUUUUUUCUUGUUUGUUCAGACUCAAGUAUAGCUUUUCUUAUAUGACUGGCCAGGUCAGUUCUUAAGAUGUGGGACAUGUUAUUUAAUUGCAUUUUUUGGAGGUCUAUGCCUGAUUAUACUACUGAAAAUGUUAUUUUUUUGGCAUAAUUAUAAACACACGCACUGUCCAGAUUGACAUGAAAGUGUCGACAGUGACACACUUUAUUUGUAAUGGUCUGACGAAAGUAAACGUGUAAGUCACCAGUAAAAUAAAGCACAGUCUCGUGAU